CGGAGAGGCAGAGAGAGAGAGGGAGUCCAGGAAAACUCACCACAGCCCUCGGACUUGGAUUUUCCGCUCGUGUGAAAAUACUCGCACGCUCACUACGUUUCGGUUCGCCCGCAAAGGCAGUUGCUGCUCCAAUUCCCGUCUCGUGCGUGUAGUGCAGUGUAGUCCAAUAAGACCAAUCAGAAUAAGUCAUCGGUCAAAAAGUAAACAAAAUAAACGCCACAUGCCGAUGGCACAAAUGCUAGAAACUAGAAAAUAUGCCACCAUUUUCUAGCCACCAUUAACCCGAAGGAAUUCUAAUAAUACCCCCGUGACAAUGGCAGAAAAUCGGUCAUAACUACACCAUCCAUUAGGCAUAAAAAACGAUCCAAAAAAAACGCGAACACAAUUGACUCGGAAAUGAUAGUAACUGUUGCUUGUCGCUCACAAACACAAUCGCAGUGCCAGUAGCACAGAGUUUCGAAUGGGUCCUUUGUGGAUUUGUGUUUGCGAUUCCGUCUUCGGAUUGUGGCUUCAAUCAAUGUGAACUUUGUAGAUUUUGUAUGCCUAUGCAGGGUAGCAAAAGAGUUGACUUAACUAUCCGAAAGCUCACAAAAAAUUAAGUUAUUAAAGUACUAUUAAAUUAUAAAGAAUUUUUUUGUUAAUAAAUGAUAAUACGCCAGAGGCAACACUGCGUAUGAUUGAUUUAUUUGGAGACACUUUUCGAAAACGAUUCCCAUAAGUUUACAAAUAAUAUGUUAAAUAAAUAAUACUUGAGAACAGACAAUACAGGUACUUCGUGAUUGCGAUAAGUUAUAACAUUUGCAAUUUAACUUUUAAUUCACAAAAUAAAGGGGAAGACAACUACGUAUGAGUAAUAUUUUAUUUUAUAAUUCUAUUUGAGAAUUGUGUUUUAAUUAAAAUAAAAUUAAUAUGCAGUUUAUAGAGUUUCUAAAAGGUUUAGUUGACUUAAAAAAAGUCACUUCACUGAAUGCAUUUAUGAAACGAAUUAUUUAAAGAUUUCAUGUUUGUUUUUAUAAAUCAGAAGCUUAUUGAACUAAGGGUAUAAACAAAUCGAACCCCAAAUUGCCCCACCUGCACAGGUGAGAGCAGUGGCCAGCAAGAACGUGUCUGUUAGCGAAGCACACAAAAAUUGGCGUUGCAAAAAUUUCAAUAAAGCUGAAAAACAAAGGCAAAAACAUUGAAAUAAAAAUUAUUUCGUUUGCACUUCGCUUUUUAUUUGCACGCGCGCUCACUCUUCGUCUCUUUUUGCGUCUCGCAUUCAACAAGCUGAGAAAAAUUAUAUUAUUUGCAAGUUAUUAUUUAGCAACCGUUCCGUCAAAGGGGUGCCUGUCCACCUUCCUUAAACCCCCUCCCAAAUUCUUUUGUACGAUAAACCGUCGGCGCAUUAAAAUUAAUGCUAAUUAUGAGCUUGUUUGUCCGUCUCCCGGUGACAUUUGCCUGACUUUUUGUUUAAUUGCUGCGCUUGUUAUGAGAAAAAUCAAUUGAAAUCGAUGCGGGACGCGAGUGAAAAAUAAUUAAAUAAACGGCGGACAUGCGGCCAGUGAUUAAUAAAAUUAUGCAAAUCGUUUUGCGCAAAUUAAAGCGAGAUUCCGAGGUCCAGUUUGGCUUAACGUAUUUUUUUCUCUCGCCCAUUAUAAACGUUAGAUGGCAUUUAAGGCCCAAUAAAAACACGCCGAGAACAAAAACUGAAAAUCAAUAAACACAAAGCCAGCAAGAAGUACGUAACAGGCGGCAGCAACAACACCCAAAUGCGGCAACAACAAGUGAGCAAGUUAAAGAACCUUUGCGAUUUGUAAACGCUGCGAAAUACCCGUCGAGAAGGCAACAAAAAGAACAUUUCAAACAACGCGAGGCGGGCAGCAACAAUGUCGGCGGAGGGCAGCGAUAACAACGGGGAUCCCCAGCAGCAGGGGGCGGAGGGGGAGGCGGUGGGCGAGAACAAGAUGAAGUCCCGCCUCCGCAAAGGAGCCCUGAAGAAGAAGAACGUCUUCAAUGUCAAGGAUCACUGCUUCAUCGCCCGGUUCUUCAAGCAGCCCACGUUCUGCUCCCACUGCAAGGACUUUAUCUGCGGUUAUCAGUCGGGAUAUGCAUGGAUGGGCUUCGGGAAGCAAGGAUUUCAGUGCCAAGUCUGCUCCUACGUGGUGCACAAGCGGUGCCACGAGUAUGUCACCUUCAUCUGCCCGGGCAAGGAUAAGGGCAUCGAUUCGGACUCACCAAAAACUCAACACAAUUUCGAGCCAUUCACAUACGCAGGACCCACGUUCUGCGACCAUUGUGGUUCCCUGCUGUAUGGCAUUUACCACCAGGGUCUCAAAUGCUCAGCAUGUGACAUGAACGUGCACGCCCGCUGCAAGGAGAACGUGCCCAGUCUUUGCGGAUGCGAUCACACGGAGCGGCGGGGUCGCAUUUAUCUGGAGAUCAAUGUCAAGGAGAACCUGCUGACUGUCCAGAUCAAAGAGGGUCGCAAUCUCAUACCCAUGGACCCGAACGGACUCAGCGAUCCCUAUGUGAAGGUGAAGCUGAUUCCCGACGACAAGGAUCAGUCCAAGAAGAAGACUCGCACCAUUAAGGCUUGCCUGAACCCUGUCUGGAAUGAGACGCUCAGCUACGAUCUUAAGCCCGAGGACAAGGAUCGACGCAUCCUGAUCGAGGUGUGGGACUGGGAUCGCACCUCCCGUAAUGACUUCAUGGGCGCUCUGUCCUUCGGCAUUUCGGAGAUCAUCAAGAACCCCACCAAUGGUUGGUUCAAGCUGCUCACCCAGGACGAGGGCGAGUACUACAAUGUGCCAUGUGCGGAUGACGAACAGGAUCUGCUGAAGCUCAAGCAGAAGCCGUCGCAGAAGAAGCCGAUGGUGAUGCGCAGCGACACGAACACGCAUACGUCAUCCAAAAAGGACAUGAUCCGGGCCACGGACUUUAAUUUCAUCAAAGUUCUGGGCAAAGGAUCGUUCGGCAAGGUCUUGCUAGCCGAACGCAAGGGCAGCGAGGAGCUGUAUGCCAUUAAGAUACUCAAGAAGGAUGUGAUCAUCCAGGACGACGACGUCGAGUGCACCAUGAUCGAGAAACGUGUCCUGGCACUGGGUGAAAAGCCACCCUUCCUGGUGCAAUUGCACUCCUGCUUUCAGACAAUGGACCGUUUGUUCUUUGUGAUGGAAUACGUUAACGGAGGCGAUUUGAUGUUCCAAAUCCAGCAGUUUGGCAAGUUCAAGGAGCCAGUGGCUGUAUUCUACGCCGCUGAAAUAGCCGCAGGACUCUUCUUCCUGCAUACCAAGGGCAUACUGUAUCGGGAUCUGAAGCUGGAUAAUGUUCUCCUGGAUGCCGAUGGGCACGUGAAGAUUGCGGACUUCGGCAUGUGCAAGGAGAACAUAAUGGGUGACAAGACCACAAAGACUUUCUGCGGUACCCCAGAUUAUAUAGCUCCCGAGAUCAUUCUGUAUCAACCCUAUGGCAAGUCGGUGGACUGGUGGGCCUAUGGAGUCCUGCUCUACGAAAUGUUGGUUGGCCAGCCACCCUUCGAUGGCGAGGAUGAGGAGGAGCUGUUCGCCGCCAUCACUGAUCAUAAUGUCUCCUACCCGAAGAGCCUGAGCAAGGAGGCCAAAGAGGCCUGCAAGGGUUUCCUAACCAAGCAGCCAAAUAAGCGUUUGGGCUGCGGUUCCUCUGGCGAGGAGGAUGUGCGUCUGCAUCCCUUCUUCAGACGCAUUGAUUGGGAGAAAAUAGAAAACCGCGAGGUGCAGCCACCAUUCAAACCGAAGAUCAAACACCGCAAGGAUGUGUCCAACUUCGACAAGCAGUUCACAUCAGAGAAAACAGACUUGACGCCCACGGACAAGGUGUUCAUGAUGAACCUGGAUCAGUCGGAAUUCGUUGGCUUCUCCUACAUGAACCCCGAGUAUAUCCUUAGCCCAUAGAUCCGAUCCGAUCCGAUCUGAUCCUGUCUAGUUUCCAUGCUGCGAGUUGUGUCCCUUAAGUCUAUUUUGAUAUUGAUUUUUGAAAAGACAUUUUGUAAAUCUUUGUUAAGUUUUCUGUUUGGUUUUCGACCAUUGUGUGUAUCUAUAUUUAUUGAUAUUGAUUGUUAAGUUUUAAGUUAAUUUUAAGUGCUAGAAACUGUGAAACAGAGCUUUAGUUGUGGAAUAUUCGAAUACUGUUCAAGAGCACGUCCUCACCUCAAGCCAAAAAGAAAGCAAUAAAAAUCAACAUUUCAAA